AACCCGUGCGCUCCCGCGGGAGGUCGGCGAGCAGAAUCCCCGCGCAGUGUCCGCGUCCAUGGCCGCCGCGCUGCUCGCCCGGGCCUGCGGCCCCAGCUGCGGAGCUCUGCGUCCUCGGGCCUGCCGUCGGUUACAUGCUAUCUACCAGUCCGUGGAGCUACCUGAGACGCACCAGAUGCUGCGUCAGACCUGCCGGGAAUUUGCUGAGAAGGAGCUGGUUCCCAUUGCGGCCCAGGUAGACAAGGAGCAUCGCUUCCCUACCGCCCAGGUGAAGAAGAUGGGCGAGCUGGGGCUUCUGGCCAUGGAUGUGCCUGAGGAGUUCAGUGGUGCCGGCCUCGAUUACCUGGCCUAUGCCAUUGCCAUGGAGGAGAUCAGCCGGGGCUGUGCCUCGACAGGAGUCAUCAUGAGCGUCAACAACUCCCUCUACUUGGGGCCUAUCCUGAAGUUUGGCUCCAAGGAGCAGAAGCAGCAGUGGAUCACCCCUUUUACCAGUGGCGACAAAAUUGGCUGCUUUGCACUGAGUGAACCAGGGAAUGGCAGCGACGCAGGAGCCGCCUCCACCACUGCCCGAGCAGACGGGGACUCGUGGGUCCUGAACGGCACCAAGGCCUGGAUCACCAAUUCCUGGGAGGCCUCCGCCGCCGUGGUCUUCGCCAGCACAGACAGAUCCUUGCAGAACAAGGGCAUCAGUGCCUUCCUGGUUCCCAUGCCGACACCUGGGCUCACACUGGGGAAGAAGGAGGACAAGCUGGGCAUCCGGGCCUCAUCCACGGCCAACCUCAUCUUUGAGGACUGUCGCAUCCCUAAGGACAGCCUGCUGGGCGAGCCUGGGAUGGGCUUCAAGAUAGCCAUGCAAACCCUGGAUAUGGGGCGCAUUGGCAUCGCCUCUCAGGCCCUGGGCAUCGCCCAGGCUGCCCUUGAUUGUGCCGUGAACUACGCUGAGAACCGCAGGGCCUUUGGGGCACCCCUCACCAAGCUCCAAGGCAUCCAGUUCAAGUUGGCGGACAUGGCCCUGGCCCUGGAGAGCGCCCGGCUGCUGACCUGGCGUGCUGCCAUGCUGAAGGAUAAUAAGAAGCCUUUCACCAAGGAAGCGGCCAUGGCCAAGCUGGCUGCGUCAGAAGCGGCAACUGCCAUCAGCCACCAGGCCAUCCAGAUCCUGGGAGGCAUGGGCUACGUGACAGAAAUGCCAGCGGAGCGCCACUACCGCGAUGCGCGCAUCACAGAGAUUUACGAAGGCACCAGCGAGAUCCAGAGGCUGGUGAUCGCGGGGCACGUGCUCAGAGCCUACCGGAGCUGAGCUUCGAUGCAGGGCCCAGGGGUGCCCCGCUCAGGGGCCAGGCCGGCCUGUGGACCACCUCGAAGGAGGCAGGAGCCACGAGGCCUUAACCCUGAUGCUCGGUCUGGGACCCUGUGUGCCUCUUCUUGCCAGGACCACCCAGCUCCUCACCUCCCCCCACCCCAGACCUAACCGCCUGGGGCCGAGUCUUCGAGAAAGGAAAGGUGAUGGGCCCCAUCUUCAGCUCAGGUUUUUGACAUUGCUUCCUCUUCACACCUGUGCCUUGUUGUCUUCAAGUGGAUCUGGCCUCUGGAGGCAGGGCCUAGGGAAGGACCCCCAUUUCCUUUCUCAGCAGGAGACCCAGGUGGGACAGCCUCUUGGCUGCCCCUGUUCUUUCCCUGAGCUUAGGGGUCAGGAGGAGGAUUGUGGGAGGGGGCUGCAGAAUGCCCGGGCGUUUUGGGAAGGCUGGUGGUCCCAUGCAAAGCACCUGGAACCCAAUAGCUGGUUCUUCAUAAAUUAUCAAUGAGUAGGAGCGGUCUGAAUUUCUUGAGGACAAUCGAUUGUGGAAACUAAGUAAUAAAGUGUACCUGUGCUCUG